ACUCCACCUCCAGGCAGAAUGAGGCUCAGCAGAGCAGUCCUGCUUCUCCUGCUGGCCAGCUGCCUCUCUCCAGGAUACGGUAUUCUGGAGGCCCAUUACACAAACUUAAAAUGUAGGUGUUCCAGAGUGACCUCAACCGUUGUCCAUCUAAACCUAAUAGAUCGGAUUCAAGUUACGCCCCCUGGGAAUGGCUGCCCAAAGACUGAAGUCGUGAUCUGGACCAAGAACAAGAGAGCUCUAUGUAUGAAUCCUCGUGCCAAAUGGUUACAGAAAGUAUUAAAGUUUGUCCGAAGCAAAGGCGUGUCUUCAACUGCCCAAGCUCCAGUGAGUAAGAGAAGAACUGCCUGAAGCCACUGUCACCUCAAAAGACACCUGCACCCUUUUUUAAAAUUUCUGCUCUGAAUUUUAGUUAUAUUCUUAGUUGAAGAAUUUCCAAGAAAAUAACUUCCCUCUUUAAAAAAAAAAAUGACUGUAGGUGAAAAACAGUCCUUCAGGAGCUGAGAGAGGACACUCAGGCUCCUCUGCACACUCAGCCCACAUUCUUUUUCCAUAAGGAAGGAUUUGGAGAACAGGCAUUUAGUGACCACCCACUUCCAAUGCAUUUGGUAAUAGACCUGUUGUUUUGUGUUAAACUAGCCUAUAUUGUAGAGGAAUGAAAACUAACAUGUCAAAUCUGAACUUGUAGCUUGUACUAACAAGAGGUUUAUGAGAUGGACUUUAGGUAUUUUGCACCUUUCCUAAAAGCAGGCUUCCACAGUAGUCUCCAGAAGGUUCCUGGGAAGCUGAUGCGAUACUAGCCUAAGGUGAUGCAGAGCAGGUCUCCUUUAGAGAAAAGCUUCAUGGGGGAAAUAGUCCUUCUACUUUGAAAGGUUGCUUGUAUAAGAUUUAUUGUCUUGGAUUAAAACCAAAAACAUUGAGAGAUCCUCAGCUUAGCGUUCCAGGCUCUUCAGCAGUGUACAAUAUAUUCCUUUGCACUGUGACCCUGAUGGUCUAUUUUUAUUAUGCAUAUCUUUCACACAGACAAAAUACCAGUCUCUUGUAUCAAAUUCUUUAAUGUUUCCUAUUCAUCUAAUGUCAUUCAAUAAACUUAAUCAAAUAUUUUG